AUGUCAACCAACUCCGCCCUUGGCAGCGCCGUCUCCUUCAUAACGGUCGAGCUCUGUUUCCCGAGAAGCACGGACAUCAAUACUGGCUCAGUCCAAGUCUCGGCCAAUGUCGCGAUGAAAUUACCCAAGCGUACGCACGAGGCCAUCCAACACGGUUUUCACAAGCGAAGACAUGCCAUCAAAUGCUACAUGGAGAACCAGGCCGCUGAAGCAGCAUCAUCAAACACUGCUGGGCUCAACAAGGAUGCCGUCUAA